UAUAAUUGGUUAUUGAAAAAAAAAUUUCUUACCCGUAUGAAUUUUAGGAUGUGGGUUUUGUUUAACAUUAAUAAAAGUUGUUUGAUACUUAAUACAUACAUCAAUAAAAAAUUUAUUAUACGAACAAUAUCAUAUGAUUAUCUUUUUAAGGAAAUAAAAUAA